GCGAGGUUGACUCAGCGGAAGUGGAAGUAGGAAGCGAGCGAAAGCUUUCCCACCGGCUCCGUCUCUUUGUCCGUCCACCUUCUCCCCGCUCAGCAACAUCCGCAGCGACGCCAUGGCCAGUGUUGCCGACACCAAGCUCUACGACAUCCUCGGCGUGUCGCCGUCCUCCUCCGAGAACGAACUGAAGAAGGCGUACAGGAAGCUGGCCAAAGAGUACCACCCUGACAAGAACCCAAAUGCUGGUGACAAGUUCAAAGAAAUCAGCUUCGCCUACGAGGUGCUGACCAACCCCGAGAAGAAGGAGCUGUACGACCGCUAUGGCGAGCAGGGCCUGCGGGAAGGCGGCGGGGGCGGCCCCGGCAUGGACGACAUCUUCUCGCACAUCUUCGGCGGCGGACUCUUCGGCUUCAUGGGAGGCCAGGGCAGCCGCUCGCGCAACGGCGGGCGCAGGAGAGGGGAGGACAUGGUGCAUCCGCUCAAAGUGUCACUGGAGGACGUUUACAACGGGAAGACGACCAAACUACAACUCAGCAAGAAUGUACUCUGUAGCACUUGUAACGGGCAAGGCGGCAAGACGGGCGCCGUACAAAAAUGUAGCGCGUGUCGAGGGCGCGGCAUGCGCAUCAUGAUCAGGCAGCUGGCGCCAGGCAUGGUCCAACAGAUGCAGUCCGUCUGCACCGACUGCAACGGCGAAGGCGAGGUGAUCAGCGAGAAGGACCGCUGUAAGAAGUGCGAGGGCAAGAAGGUGGUGAAGGAGGUGAAGAUCCUGGAGGUGCACGUGGACAAAGGCAUGAAACACGGCCAGAAGAUCACCUUCGGCGGCGAGGCGGACCAGGCGCCCGGAGUGGAGCCGGGCGACAUCGUCCUCGUCCUGCAGGAGAAGGAACACGAGACGUUCAGGCGAGAAGGCAACGACCUGUUCAUGAACCACAAGAUCGGCCUGGUGGAGGCGCUGUGCGGCUUCCAGUUCAUGCUGAAGCAUCUAGACGGCAGACAGAUCGUGGUCAAGUACCCCGCCGGGAAGGUCAUCGAGCCAGACUCGGUGAGGGUGGUGCGAGGGGAGGGCAUGCCUCAGUACCGGAACCCCUUUGAGAAGGGAGACUUGUACGUCAAGUUCGACGUGCAGUUCCCCAGCAACAACUGGAUCAGUCCAGAGAAACUGACGGAGCUGGAGGACAUGCUGCCAUCACGGUCAGAGGCGCCCAUCAUCACGGGCGACACGGAGGAAGUGGACCUGCAGGACUACGACGUCAGCCAGGGCUCCUCGUCGGGCGGCCGCAGGGAAGCCUACAACGACAGCUCCGACGAGGAGGGCGGCCCCCACGGCCCCGGGGUCCAGUGCGCCCACCAGUAGUCUCCCACCUGCUCGGGGGAAGGAGGGCGUGGCACGGAGCGACGUCGUGAGGGCUUGCAUCACAUCUAGAGACUUGAUCAGGUAUUUAAAGAGGCGGCUGCACUGAUCCCGUGUCCCCCCCCUUACAGUAUGUCCUCUGGGGGGGGGGCACUGGAUCCUCUGCACAGAAGAAUGUCUCCUCUCUUCAUUUUUGUUUUUCCAUAGAAUAUACAAUAAUUUAAACCUUUUCAUCCACCCGGCGCCAGUCAUGAGUUGUUUUUUAUAACUUGAUUAUCCGUCUAGGUUUUUACUUUCAACCCCCCCCCCCCCCCCCCCACAUCCGCUUUAAGUUUUUAGACCCUGACAACACACCUUCAUCGUGUGCUUCUUUCUCCUCCACUUGCUUUGGCGCCUGUAUUCCAAGUGGUGUGGUUUUUAAAAACAAAAAACGCGUACAUUUAAAAAACUUAAAUUAAAAAAAAAAAGGAAAAAUACAAAGUGGCCUGCAUCUGUGCUGAGACCGUGUGCAUGUCUAAUAAAUAAAGAGCUUUGGUUCCUGCACUCGUACAGCAGACUCGUGGAGACGCGCCUCAAAGUGUUGAAAUUGUUGAAUAAAUGUUUGAAGCAGUCA